UGCGCAGGGCGGGCGGGGCUGGCGGCUGCUGGGACCGAGUCACCGAGCCCACCGCUGCCGAGCGGACCAUGAUCCGGAACGGGCAUCGGGCGGCGGGCUGUACCGAGCCGCCGAGCCCGGCGGGCGGGCGCGCAGUACGGGUGUGGUGCGAUGGCUGCUAUGACAUGGUGCAUUAUGGACACUCAAACCAGCUGCGCCAGGCUCGUGCCAUGGGGGACUACCUCAUCGUUGGAGUGCACACUGAUGAGGAGAUCUCCAAGCACAAGGGGCCCCCUGUGUUCACGCAGGAAGAGAGGUACCGAAUGGUGCAAGCCAUCAAGUGGGUGGAUGAGGUGGUACCUGCAGCCCCUUACGUCACCACACUGGAGACACUGGACAAGUACAGCUGUGACUUCUGUGUCCAUGGCAAUGACAUCACUCUGACAGUGGAUGGCCAGGACACCUAUGAAGAAGUCAAGCAGGCCGGGCGGUAUAGAGAGUGCAAGCGCACCCAGGGUGUGUCCACCACCGACCUCGUGGGCCGAAUGCUGCUGAUGACCAAAGCCCAUCACAGCAGCCAGGAGAUGUCUUCUGAGUACAGGGAGUAUGCAGACAGCUUCGGCAAGCCCCCUCACCCGACACCCGCCCCCGCCACUGGGGAGACAUUUUGCUCAGAAGGCUCCUCCCAGUGUCCAGGGGGACGGAACCCCUGGACGGGGGUGUCCCAAUUUCUGCAGACGUCCCAGAAGAUUAUCCAGUUCGCUUCUGGGAAGGAGCCACAGCCAGGGGAGACCAUUAUUUAUGUGGCUGGUGCCUUUGACCUGUUCCACAUUGGGCACGUAGAUUUCCUAGAGAAGGUGCACAGCCUGGCUGAGAGGCCCUACAUCAUUGCUGGCUUGCACUUUGACCAGGAGGUAAACCACUACAAGCGCAAGAACUACCCCAUCAUGAACCUGCACGAGCGCACCUUGAGUGUGCUGGCCUGCCGGUAUGUAUCUGAAGUGGUGAUUGGGGCUCCAUACUCAGUCACAGUAGAGCUCCUGGACCAUUUCAAGGUGGAUAUGGUGUGUCAUGGGAAGACAGAAGUUGUGCCUGACAAGGACGGCUCUGACCCCUACCAGGAGCCCAAGAGAAGGGGCAUCUUCCGGCAGGUGGACAGUGGCAGCGACCUCACCACAGACCUCAUUGUGCAGCGCAUCAUCAAGAACAGGCUGGAGUACGAGGCCCGGAACCAGAAGAAAGAGGCCAAGGAGCUGGCCUUCCUGGAGGCCCGCAGGCAGCAGGGAGAACGGCCAUGACAGGAAGACCCAGAGCUAUGGAGGGAGGGGAACCAUGUGGCUGCCCCACCCAGCUCCCUGCACACCAAGCUUUGGCCAGCACCCCCCUCUCUAACCAGCGCAGCUACGAAAGGGCCAGUGGCAGGCAGAUACUUUCCCAAGGAGCUGCAGGCUGAGGACGGCUGGCCCUGGCCACAGGAAGGACAAGUGGAGGGCCUGGCUGUCUAGGGGAGGAGCAAGGACUCCAGCUUCCACCCCCUAGAACUGCCCUCCACGAAGCUCCUGUGGACCCAAACAUCUGGCUGAGGAAGCCAGCUUCAGGGAAGCGGCCCUUCUUGGGGUACAAACCAGCCCCCCUUGAGUGGGGCCCCUUUACUGGGCUAGAAGCCUGACAACCCAAUAAAGCUGCUGGGAGGUG